AUGGCCGUCUCCACCAUGUCUGUCUGCUCUGAUGCUUGCACCAACUCCUCCUGGCAGGUGGACGACUGCCCAGAGAGCUGCUGUGAGCCUAGCUGCUGUGCCCCCAGCUGCUGCCAGCCCAGCUGCUGCCAACCUAGCUGCUGCCAGUCCAGCUGCUCUGCCCCCAGCUGCUGUGCCCCAGCCUCCUGCCUGACCCUCAUCUGCACCCCAGUGAGCUGUGGGUCCAGCCCCUGCUGUCAAUCUGUCUGUGCUAGCUCCUGUGCACCCUCAUGCUGCCAACAGUCUAGCUGCCAGCCCUCAUGCUGUACCUCCUCACCUUGUUGUGUGACCCUUUGCUGCAAGCCUGUCUGCUGCACACCCAUCUGUUCGGGAUCCUCAUGCUGCCAGCAGUCUAGCUGCCAGCCAGCUUGCAGCACCUGUUCUCCUUGCCAGCCAUCCUGCUGCAUGACCCUGUGCUGCAAGCCUGUCUGCUGCACACCCAUCUGCUCUGGAUCCUCCUCAUGCUGCCAGCAGUCUAGCUGCCAGCCCUCAUGCUGCCAGCCAUCCUGCUGUGUGCCUGUCUGCUGCAAGCCUGUCUGCUGCAAGCCCUGCUCCAGCGUGUCCCUGCUCUGCCGCCCUGUGUGCAGACCCGCCUGCUGUGUGCCCAGCUCCUCCUGCUGUGCCUCCUCCUGCCAGCCCAGCUUCGGCAAGCCCUGCUCCAGCGUGUCCCUGCUCUGCCGCCCUGCCUGCUCCCGCCAGGCCUGCUGUGGCCUCUCCUCAGGCCAGAAGUCCAGCUGCUGA